AUGCUGGCGCUCUUCUUGAGCUCUGGCUGGCGCUUUGCAUUGCUCGCCUGGCUGGUGGCACAGGUUUUGACGACGAUGAUUUAUCUUGUCUGUCCCGAAUGCAUCAUCACGCCCUUCACGUUCAAAGCGAGCGUGUUGGGUUUCGAGGACUAUUGUCCGCUGGCACCCUGGAUGAUUGUCGCGGGAGUCGUCGGCACCGUCUCGGGCUUUCUGUCAGCUCCGUAUUUCCCCUUCCAAAAAUUCGGCGCAAGCAACUCCGGAGACAUGUGCUUCGUGGAUAUCGCUUGCAUCCAUCAAAAGGACAGCGUUUUGAAGCAACGUGGCAUCUACGGCAUCGGAGGCUUUCUGAAGUGUGCCAGAGAGCUCCGGGUCCUUUGGACCCCGCCAUACCUUUCCAGGAUGUGGUGCAUCUUCGAGCUCGCGGCCUAUCGCAAGGCCAACCCCUCUGGACGAAUCACGUUGGCACCUAUUUUCAUCGAGCACUCUGUCCACCUCGUGGCUGUAUCGCUGUGGGGCUGUGUCAUUUGCUACUGGGGGGCCUUGGCUUUCGAUCUGACGGCAGACUACGGCUAUUUCAUCGGUCUCGUGCUCCCGCUGGGCUUUGCGCUUCUCCCGGUGGCAUGCAUCGUCCACGGCCUUCGAUAUUUCUUCUGUGCCAAGCAUCGCCUCUUUCAAGACUUGCGGCGAUUCAAGCUCGAGUCUGCUGAAUGCUCAGAGGAGUUUGACGCGGUGUUUGUCCACACAGCGAUUCAAUCCUGGUAUGGAAGUACUGCAGCCUUCGAGCACUUCGUCCAGGAGACGCUUGUGCAGGAGAUCCCUGAAGUGACAAUCUCACCUGGCUACUGCCUCCUCCUGGCGACGAUACCGGUGACCGGUGCUCUGGAGGAGUGCAUGGCUGUAGCCCGGGGUGGCGCACCGACUGACGUAGUUUUGUCUUCGUUGAUUGGCCACGUCUACGGCUUGACGGUUUGCUGGGUCAUGGUGUGCUUGCAGCUGCUGUACCGCCUCUGUGACCGCUUUGCCGUGCCGUUCGAGCCGGGUUUUUGCAACUUCAUGCGGACCCUUGCUGUGUACGUCAUGGUCGCCUUGAGCUUCCUCGUCGGGGCAGUUGUCGGAGAAGUCGCGUACCGAUGCUCAGCUUCGGGCUCUUUUG